GAAAUUUAUGAAGAAAGCGAGGAAACAAAGAAGGAGGAAAGAAAUGAGCGAGGUAGGAAAAAAGCAAGGAAGGAAGGAAGGAAGCGAGGAAGCAAGGAGGGAAGGAAGCGAGGAAGCAAGGUAGGAAGGAAGCGAGGAAGGAAAUAUGCAAGGACGGAAGGAAGCGAGGAAGCAAGGAAGGAAGGAAGGAAGCAAGAAAAGAAGAGGCGAGGAAGGAAGGAAGCAAGGAGGGAAGGAAGCGAGGAAGGAAGGAAGCGAGGAAGCAAGGUGGGAAGCAAGCGAGGAAGGAAAGAUGCGAGGAAGGAAGGAAGCAAAGAAGGAAGGAAGCAAGAAAAGAAGAGGCGAGGAAGAAAGGAAGGUAGGAAGCGAGAAAGGAAAGAAGCAAGGAAGGAAGGAAGCGAGGAAGGAAAGAAGCGAGGAAGCAAGGAAGGAAGGAAGCCAGGAAGGAAGGAAGCAAGGAAGGAAGAAACGAGGAAGGAAAGAAGCGAGGAAGCAAGGAAGGAAGGAAGCCAGGAAGGAAGGAAGCGAGGAAGCAAGGAGGGAAAAAAGCAAGGAAGGGAGGAAGCAAGGAAAGGAG